AUGGCCCUUGAAGGUAUAUUAGGCAAGUUGAGGAGCUUUAUUUCUUUCUUUCCAUUCUUCUUCUUACUCUUUAUCCUUGGCAUCAUAAAAGCUGCACUGAUAGGUCCAAUUGCAUUUACCAUUAUUGUAAUUGGAAAUUCAUCUGUUAUCAUUGGACUUUGGAGUGCACAUGUAGUCUGGACAUAUUACUGUGUGGCAAGAACAAAGAGGUUUGGAUUGGUCCUCAAGGUUGUGGUGCUCAUGUGUUUGCCAGUUCCUGUGUUUCUCUGGCCAAUAGUUGGUAUUGUUGGAAGCAUUUUAGGUGGAAUUGGAUAUGGGUUUUUUGCUCCUCUUCUUUCAACUUUUGAGGCUGUGGGAGAGGGAGAGAGUGGUACACACAAAUUUUACCAUUGCUUCAUUGAUGGUUGUUGGUCAACAAUUCAAAGAAGCUGCACUGUGGUUCAGGAUGUCACAGAUUUCUGCUUUCACUCCUACUUUUCAUACAUGGAUGAACUAAGAGAAAAAUUACCCCCUCAUGAAAAGCCAUUAGAUAUAAGAUUGUCAUUAUUACCAUGUUGCUUGUUGGUGAUCAUGGUUGGGGUGCCGUUUGAUAUGACUUUAAUCACAUCUAUUGCUGUAUGGAAGAGUCCAUACAUGCUCUUCAGAGGGUGGAAGAGACUAUUGGAAGAUUUGAUUGGAAGAAAGGGACCCUUCCUAGAAACUGAAUGUGUCCCAUUUGCUGGCCUUGCUAUCAUUCUCUGGCCUUUGGCUGUUGUAAUGGCUGUAUUAGUAUCAUGCAUUUUCAGCAUUUUUCUUGGCCUAUACAGUGGAGUUGUUGUCCAUCAGGAAGAUUCAGUGCAGAUGGGAUUUUCCUACAUUGUGUCUGUGGUUUCGCUUUUCGAUGAAUAUGUAAAUGAUUUACUCUACCUGAGAGAAGGAUCCUGCUUUCCCAGGCCAACAUACCGUAGAAACAUGAGUCAUGAUGCCAUUGAGGGAAAAAACCUUGGAGGAGGUGAUAAGAAUUUGAAAAAUAGGAAGGAGGGUUCACCAAAUACGAAACAUGACUUACAGCAAUCCAGAAGCCUGAAAUGGAGAAUUCAGAAAUACAGACCUAUGCAGGUAUGGGACUGGCUGUUCAAGUCAUGUGAGGUGCAUGGCAGGAUACUCCUUCGUGAUGGCCUGAUAAGUGUCAAGGAAAUUGAAGAAUGCAUUUUGAAAGGCAACUGCAAAAAGUUAGGCACCAAGUUGCCAGCUUGGUCAUUGCUGCAAUGUCUUCUAACCUCUGCAAAAUCUAAUUUCGAUGGAUUGGUGAUCUCUGAUGAUGUAGUGCUCACAAGGAUGAAUGGACCAAAGGAUAAAGUGUUUGAGUGGUUUAUCGAACCUCUGCUGAUCAUGAAGGAGCAGCUGAAGAGCCUUAAGUUGGAAGAAACUGAAGAAACAUGCUUGAAAGAACUGGUUAUGAGAUGCAAAAAUGAAUUACCAGAAGAGUGGGAUACCACAGAAUUCCCAUCUAAUGAUAAUGUUAGGAGAGCACAGUUGCAAGCCAUAAUUAGAAGGUUGCAGGGAAUUGUGGUUUCCAUGUCCAGAAUACCAACUUUUAGAAGGAGAUUCAAGAAUCUAGUCAAGGCUUUGUAUUUAGAAGCACUGCAGGCUGGUGCUUCAGCUAGUCAUAUAGGAGGCACUGUGAUUACAAAGCACAGGGAGAAAGGGUCAAUUCAAAACAAAGAAGACAAUGCAUGA